ACUACAAGGUGGGGCUCCUGGUCAACUUGUGAAAGUUGAGUGUGUGUCGGUGCAUGGCGGAUUUCACAGCUCACGACGGUGAAACGCGUUAGCAGGGAGCAGAUCCUGCGGGUGAAGGAGGAGGAGGCGAUCCCUCUUCUCCUGGUGGGAAAUAAGUCGGACCUGGAGGAGCGGCGGCAGGUGUCUGUCGACGAGGCCACGGCGAAGGCGAGCGAGUGGGGGGUCCAGUACGUGGAGACGUCGGCCAAGACGAGGGCCAACGUUGACAAGGUGUUCUUUGACCUCAUGCGGGAGGUCCGCAAGAAGAAAGUGGCGGAGAGCAAAGACAAAAACGGACCGAGCGGCAAGAAGAAGAAGAAGCCCUGCUGCAUACUUUAAAGCCGAGCCGCGUCCCGAAGCGACAACGUGCCAAAAAACCAAAAGAGCGGUCAGAUCGGAGCGACGCCAACAAACCAUAAAACUGUCCGACUGCUGCAGAGAUCCUCUACAAACAGUCGGGGAGGGAAACGCCUCACCUGCACAUUUAUUUGACCAUUUAUUUUUUUACACUCAAAAGUAUUUUCCUCCAAAUGUAUAAAAUCCAAAUUUAAAAGAACGGAUGUGUUCAGGUUCUUUUCCCGCGUUGCUGUGAAUGUUUCGACAAUCUUGACUUUACCUGCAAUCUAAGAAGCAGAUUUUCUUUGUAAGAUUGGAACCAGAAGUUCCAGGUUGACAUUUGUUGUGCCUUAAACUGUCGUCUCUCCCCGUGGUCUGAAAUCAGAAACCUAAAACGUGUAAGAAUUGUUUUUAUUCCCUAAUUUUUCUCUUUGUUUAGCUUUAUUUCUCUCAAAAGUCUGUUAACAUUCCUGAUGUUAAUUAGUACACUUCAACACACUCCUUUUUCUAUGAAGGCUUUAUUCUCCACUUCCCUUACUAAUACAAAGUGUCAUUUAUAAUCAAGCUUUAAAGGGAAUCUACUAUUUAAAUCACUUGGAUUAUUAACUGUAUAUUUAUGACUUUUAAAGCUAAAGCGUAUUUGUGUGACAAUCUCAUAUCCAUUAUAUAAUAAAAGACACUGAGUCUC